GGGGCCGGGGGCGGGGUUGUGGCGGUACUGCGGGUGACAACGGUCAAUAAUGAAGGUGGCUGCGGCGCGGCAGCAGACUCAGCUGCGCCGGGUGGGGGCGGCGCCGAGGACGCGCCUGUAGGACCUCGGAGCCGGCGCGGAAGAUGGGGCCCCAGCGCGGGGAGUGAGGCGGCCGCGGCGAGCGCAACUUCAGCCGGAGGGGCUCUCCCGCUUUCCCCUCCGGCUCGUUAGCCUCCACCUGGAGCCCCUCGACCCCCGCGUCCCGCGGGACGGGAACGGCGACGGAAGGGGCAUGUGGCGCUGGGUCCGGCAGCAGCUGGGUUUUGACCCACCACAUCAGAGUGACACAAGAACUAUUUACAUAGCCAACAGGUUUCCUCAGUAUGGCCAUUAUACACCUCAGAAAUUUAUAGAUAACCGGAUCAUUUCAUCUAAGUAUACUGUGUGGAAUUUUGUUCCAAAAAAUUUAUUUGAACAAUUCAGAAGAGUGGCAAACUUUUAUUUUCUUAUUAUAUUUUUGGUUCAGCUUAUGAUUGAUACACCUACCAGUCCAGUUACCAGUGGACUUCCAUUGUUCUUUGUAAUAACAGUUACUGCCAUAAAGCAGGGUUAUGAAGAUUGGUUGAGACAUAUCUCAGAUAAUGAAGUAAAUGGAGCUCCUGUUUAUGUUGUUCGAAGUGGUGGCCUUGUAACAACUAGAUCAAAAAAUAUUCGGGUGGGUGAUAUUGUUCGAGUAGCCAAAGAUGAAAGUUUCCCUGCAGAUUUGGUGCUUCUGUCCUCAGAUCGACUUGAUGGUUCUUGUCACGUUACAACUGCUAGUUUGGAUGGAGAAACUAACCUGAAGACACAUGUGGCAGUUCCAGAAACAGCAGUAUUACAGACAGUUGCCAAUUUGGACACUCUUAUAGCUGUGAUAGAAUGUCAGCAACCAGAAGCGGACUUGUACAGAUUCAUGGGACGAAUGACAAUAACUCAACAAAUGGAAGAAAUUGUAAGUUAUUUCUUCUCGUUUUACAUCUCCCUUAUGGAGAGAAAUUCAAACAGCAAGAAGACCCCAUGCUCCAAGAAGUAUGCAAUACCUCUGGGGCCAGAGAGUCUCUUGCUUCGUGGAGCCAGAUUAAAAAACACAAAAGAAAUUUUUGGUGUUGCUGUUUAUACCGGAAUGGAAACUAAGAUGGCAUUAAAUUACAAGAGCAAAUCGCAGAAACGAUCUGCAGUAGAAAAGUCAAUGAAUACAUUUUUGAUAAUUUAUCUAAUAAUCCUUAUUUCUGAAGCCAUCAUCAGUACUAUCUUGAAAUAUACAUGGCAAGCUGAAGAGAAAUGGGAUGAACCUUGGUAUAACCAAAAAACAGAACAUCAAAGAAAUAGUAGUAAGAUUCUGAAAUUCAUUUCAGACUUCCUUGCUUUUUUGGUCCUCUACAAUUUCAUCAUUCCAAUUUCAUUAUACGUGACAGUGGAACUGCAAAAAUUUCUUGGAUCAUUUUUUAUUGGCUGGGAUCUUGAUCUCUAUCAUGAAGAAUCAGAUGAGAAAGCUCAAGUCAAUACUUCUGAUCUGAAUGAAGAACUUGGACAGGUGGAGUAUGUGUUUACAGAUAAAACUGGUACACUGACAGAAAAUGAGAUGCAGUUUCGGGAAUGUUCAAUUAAUGGUACAAAAUACCAAGAAAUCAAUGGUAGACUAGUAUCCGAAGGACCAACACCAGACUCUUCAGAAGGAAACUUAUCUUAUCUUACUAGUUUAUCCCAUCUUAACAAUUUAUCUCAUCUUGCAACCAGUUCCUCCUUUAGAACCAGUCCUGAAAAUGGAACUGAACUAAAUAAAGAACAUGAUCUCUUCUUUAAAGCCGUCAGUCUCUGUCACACUGUGCAGAUUAGCAGUGUUCAGACUGAUAGCAUUGGUGAUGGUCCCUGGCAGUCCAACUUUGCACCCGCCCAGUUGGAGUACUAUGCAUCUUCACCAGAUGAAAAGGCUCUUGUGGAAGCUGCUGCAAGAUUUGGCAUCGUGUUUAUUGGUUAUUCUGGAGAAAUUAUGGAAGUUAAAACUCUUGGAAAACUGGAACGAUACAAGCUGCUUCAUAUUUUGGAAUUUGAUCCAGAUCGUAGAAGAAUGAGUGUAAUAGUUCAGGCACCUUCAGGUGAGAAGCUUUUAUUUGUUAAAGGCGCUGAAUCAUCAGUUCUCCCUGCAUGUAUAGGUGGAGAAAUAGAAAAGACCAGAAUUCAUGUAGAUGAAUUUGCUUUGAAAGGGCUAAGAACUCUGUGUAUGGCCUAUAGGCAGUUUACAUCUAAAGAGUAUGAGGAAAUAAAUAGACGUUUAUUUGAAGCCAGGACCGCCUUGCAGCAACGGGAAGAGAAAUUGGCAGGUGUCUUCCAGUUCAUAGAGAAAGACCUGAUAUUACUGGGAGCUACAGCAGUAGAAGACAAACUACAAGAUAAAGUUCGAGAAACUAUUGAAGCCUUGAGAAUGGCUGGUAUCAAAGUGUGGGUGCUUACUGGAGAUAAACAUGAAACGGCUGUUAGUGUGAGUUUGUCAUGUGGACAUUUUCACAGAACCAUGAACAUCCUUGAACUUCUAAACCAGAAAUCAGACAGUGAAUGUGCCGAAAAAUUGGGGCAGCUUGCCAGAAGGGUUAGAGAGGAUCAUGUGAUUCAGCAUGGUCUGGUGGUAGACGGGACCAGUCUGUCUCUUGCACUCAGGGAGCAUGAAAAGCUAUUUAUGGACGUUUGUAGAAAUUGUUCAGCUGUAAUGUGCUGUCGUAUGGCACCACUACAGAAAGCAAAGGUAAUAAGACUGAUAAAAAUCUCACCUGAGAAGCCAAUAACAUUGGCUAUUGGCGAUGGUGCUAACGAUGUAAGCAUGAUACAAGAAGCACAUGUUGGCAUAGGAAUCAUGGGUAAAGAAGGAAGACAAGCUGCAAGGAACAGUGACUAUGCAAUAGCUAGAUUUAAAUUUCUCUCCAAAUUGCUUUUCGUUCAUGGUCAUUUUUAUUAUAUUAGAAUAGCUACCCUUGUACAGUAUUUUUUUUAUAAGAAUGUGUGCUUUAUCACACCCCAAUUUUUAUAUCAGUUCUACUGUUUGUUUUCUCAACAAACACUAUAUGACAGCGUGUACCUGACUUUAUACAAUAUUUGUUUUACAUCCCUGCCUAUUCUGAUAUAUAGUCUGUUGGAACAACAUAUAGACCCUCAUGUAUUACAGAACAAGCCCGCCCUCUAUCGAGACAUAAGUAAAAAUCGUCGAUUAAGCAUGAAAACAUUUCUUUAUUGGACCAUCUUGGGUUUCAGUCAUGCCUUUAUUUUCUUUUUUGGAUCCUAUUUUCUCAUAGGGAAAGAUACAUCUCUGCUUGGAAAUGGCCAGAUGUUUGGAAAUUGGACAUUUGGCACCUUGGUCUUCACAGUCAUGGUUAUUACAGUCACAGCAAAGAUGGCUUUGGAAACUCAUUUUUGGACCUGGAUCAAUCAUCUUGUUACAUGGGGAUCUAUUUUAUUCUAUUUUGUGUUUUCUUUGUUUUAUGGAGGGAUUCUCUGGCCAUUUUUGAGCUCCCAGAAUAUGUACUUUGUAUUUAUUCAGCUCCUAUCAAGUGGUUCUGCUUGGUUUGCCAUAAUCCUCAUGGUUGUUACAUGCUUAUUUCUUGAUAUUGUGAAAAAAGUAUUUGACCAUCAGUUCCAUCCUACAAAUAUUGAAAAGGCACAGAUGUACUCCAACACAGUCGCUUUCAGUGACGAGUUCAUCGCACUGCAGCCGUUGUCGAGGGCAAGGAGUCAGCUGAGCAAACUUAGCUUACUGAAACAAAUUCAAGUAUCAAGUGCUUGGACUCCAUGUGCUGUUUCUCAGAAGGAGAAACAGCGUGUGCAUCUGUUGGAAGAAUGCUGGAGCGAGUAAUAGGAAGAUGUAGUCCAUCCCAUGUCAGCAGGUCCUGGUGAGCCAAACUUUUCUCUUAUUGUUACUUUAGAUCAUGGAGUGCAUCGGAUCCUUUCUAUACCAACGACAGGAGCAUCUUGACCCUCUCCACAAUGGACUCAUCUACUUGUUAAAGGGGCAGUAGUACUUUGUGGGAGCCAUUUCAACUCCUUACCUAAAACUGAGUGUGAGCAUCCUGGUAAUGGCCACACUACCUCUGUGGAAUUACUUUCUGAAAUCUCUGAAGUAGUUCAUGCCCACUCAGAGUUAUAAUGGCAAACAAACAAAAAAUAUUACCAUGCACCCAUGUCAGCCACCAUCUUAAUUUAAACAUGUUAAAAUUUGUGAAUAAAGAGACAUUUUUCAUCUCUUUAUCUGGGUUGUCCCCAUGUGUUUAUGGGACUCCUAAUGGCAUUUCAGCCUUUUCCUAAGGCCACUCUACUUUAAUAUCAAGGUAGAAAAGGGAGCUAAUUCCUAGUUAAUUGUAUUUUUUAGUAUUAGCUUGGUUAUUGAGUCUUCUAUUUAAAUCUGCUUCUGUAAAUUAUGCUGAAAAGUUUGCCUUGAAAACUCUAUUUUUUUAUUAGAGUUAUAUUUGAAGCUUUUCAUGGGAAAAGUUAAUGUGAAUAGUAAGGAAUUUUGGUCCCUCGGUGACCCAUGUUAAUUCUUUAGUGCUUUCUAAGUUCACAGAACAAAUUAGGAGAAUGCAUUUCCAACCAUUAUUUACUUGCACUAUGGAUAGUAUAGAUAAAUAUAUAUCAGUUCCAAACUUUCAGUGUACUGUAACACAACCAGUUAAGUUAACCAUAUACAUGCAAAAAGGUAUACCAUAUCAUAUAUAAAUCAAGAAUCAAGUCCAUUCACCAAAUUUCAAAUUAAUAUUUACUAUUUUCAUGACAAUGUAAAGAACCUGUAGUGGGUAAAUUAGACACAUUUGCAUAUUACUUAAUGUGUUUAUCAUUGGAUCUUUUGCAUGCUUUAAUCUGGUUAAUAUAUGUCAGUUUGCUUUUUCUUGUCUAUCUGAAGGCUUUGUUUAUAGUAUUUUACAGUGCUGUUGUGAAGUCCAACUAUAUCAAUAAAAAACAGUUUGGAAAGUAUUCAAAUAUUGCAAAUACUUUUAAUUAUAUGAAUCAAAAUUUUAGGAUAAUUAAAUCAGUAAAAUGAGAAGAGCCUCUUUUUGUGACUAGCUUAGAACUGCUCUUGCCUUUCAGUAAGCUAGCUCUUAGAAUGAAGAAUUUCAGAUGAGAAUCCUGUUAUUUUUAGGUUAGUAUGUUAUCUAAGUUACAGCAGCCUACCACAGUAAAGUCAAGUCUACCCGGUGUCCCAUUAUAAGGUAUGGCUAUAGAAUGUAAAUGAAAUAAACUCUAAAAUGCUAAAUUAUAUGCGGUAAUGGCUGCAGUAAAUUUAAGUGCUAUAAAUGAUUAAUCAGGUUUGUAUGAUUGCCAUUAAUUCACUGCAGUUCAGUACUUGAUUUCCAUCCUGAAUUUAACAUGUAGAUCCAGUGCUAUCAUUUGUUUUCAUAAAAAGUAAUGUUGUUUUAAAAUUUGGAAAUGAUUAUUAGUUUAAAACUCUUCCUAAGCAUAUGAUUGAAUACAUAUACAUUUAAAAUUGUAUGGGAAUGGUUGCCAAAGUUUUUUGAAUAUGGUAAUUCCUUUCUGUACAUUUAUUUUUUGCACAACCCUUCCACCCCUUUCCCAUUUCAUGAAUAUAAGACUUCUAGAAUUGGGCUUGUAGGGAAAGAAUCAUACAAUUAAGACUUUACCUUUGUUCACUGGUAAGCUGUUUUCUUGCCAGUAUAACAUUUGUCUGUUUCAAUAAUGCAAGGAUAUAUUAGGUUAUAAAUUUCAGCCUAAAUAUUAAUUUUUGCAAAUAGCCCAUCUUUACCUUAGAUUGGGUUUAGGAAAAUGCUGUUAUUCUGGAAAUACUAUAAAGGGAUAAUAAAAAUUUACAGUGUGUACCCUUACCACUUCAUGUUUCAGAAGAGGAAAUACUGCAGAAAAUAUUCAGUAGAGUAUUAGUGGAUGACAAUGGCAAACUUGCUCUUAGAAUGUCUUGUAAAAUGUUCAUAUAACAAAAUGACAUUUGGUAGCCGGGCAUUGCAUCUACCUUGGUGUUUAUUUGCCAUCAAUUUAACUGACUACUAAUACUAGGGAAGGACUGCAAAGCCAUCAAGCAGUCUCUGACCAACUAUAGCAAGGCAUGAACUCAGCCAGCCUAUUUGGUGCUCAAAGUAUGAUUGAUACAAUUUUUUGCAUUCACUAUUUGAAGUUAUUUAGGAACUUUGUAUCUGAAAAAUAGCAUCUGCUGACAUGCUUAUCCUACUCUGUUGUUCAAAACCUACUCCCUUUAAAGGAAUUCUUGCAAUUGUAAGAAAAGGAUUUUCUGUUGUUUAAGAAAGUAACAGUGUUGUCUGCAAACCUCCAAUAGUUCUGUAGAUAGUCAUUUUGUAAAAUUGUUACUGCAUAAUGAGUAUUUGUAAAUUUUCCUCCUUGCAUAUCUCUUUAAAAUUCUUUGGAAAGUACGAUGUUGAUAAUUAACUUACUCUUAUCUGCCAACACCAGGUACCAUGCUACAUGUGUUAUUGCUAGUUACUGGUCUCAAAUCUAUUUGCUUCGCUUGCUUGUGUUUGCCUAGCCUUAAGGCUGUAGCCCUGAAGAUAGUAGCAAUCACCAAGUCAGUUUCCAAAAUUACCCAUCAGCUGCUUUAGGUGACUCAGCAAUCCUGCCUCAACUUUCAACAAGCAUUAGGCUCACACUGGAAGGAAUAGAGUGUGGGCCAGGGGAACUAUAGCUACCCAGGCUUGCUGUGGGGUUGAGAAGGAAAAAGGAGAGAAUUAAGUUUUAAUUUCUCUUAACUAACCACCUCCUUGGGUCUUAAUCUCUCUGAUGUCCAGCGGCUUCCCAGACCUGAUCCAGACUCUGGCACUGUCCUGAGUAGGAGGUUAAACAGGGUCAUUUCUACUGCAUAAGAUUGUGAAAUUGGCCUUGUGUGAUAAGCUUGAGCCUCCUAUCUAAUAGGCAGGAAUCACAACCACUAAAAUAUUUACAAUUUAUACCAAAAGUUUUAAAAUACACUGAAAAGUUAUUGGGGCUGGGAAAAGGGAAAAAUCAUCCCAUGUUUUGUGUUUUUCCUUUAAAGAUCAAUUUGGGGUGUAAGCAUGUGUUAAUAAAACUUAACACACCAAAGACUUAUAUGAAACAUGUUUUGUUAUUUUUGGCCCCCCUUUAGAGACACUUUUAUUUCUAUCUAAAAUGCCUUCUAUUUUCAUAAAAACAGAACAUUAUUAAAGUGCUGUUUAUGUGAGAUAACCUGAAUGAUAUUAUUGCAAAAGAGCAUAACUAAUGAUAUGUUUGUAAUAAUGGUGAUUGUUAGAUUUUUAUGAAUAAAAAGAAUAGUUGGAAAUACUAUUGUAACAGUUUAAAAUUCUGGACCUCAGACACUGUGGCUAUCUAAUAUAACUUGUUAUCUUCAUUGUCAGUAAAUGUAGCAUACCUGUUGUGCAGCGCUCAGUAAUUUUUUAAAGUUUAUGAAAUUAUAUUAAAUAAAAAAUUUCCUAUAUAA